GAAGCUGUUUUCUGGUGGGACUGGGAGAGCGAGGUGUCUCUUCACAUGUCGCUGCCUCCACUGACUUGGAAAACAGCUCAUGAAAUCAAGUGUCAGUAUUUGUGGGGGGGGAUUUGCAAUCAUUGGCUUCAUCUCUGUCGAUAGGGAAUGAAUGACGAGACAACACCGGGCAGUUGCAAGAAAAACUCUGGGUGCUCCAGUAUUGAGCAAAUGCUGGCUGUGAACCCCGGCAAGACACCCAUCAGUCUGCUACAGGAGUAUGGAACGCGGAUAGGUAACACCCCAGUGUAUGACCUGCUCAAGGCCGAGGGCCAGGCGCACCAACCCAACUUUACGUUCCGCGUGUCCGUGGGAGAGAUCAGCUGCACCGGCCAGGGGCCCAGCAAGAAGGCUGCCAAACACAAGGCAGCAGAGGCCGCCCUGAAGAUGAUGAAAGGAGGACUAGGGGGACCAGUGGUGCUGGGAGAGGGAUUGGGAGAAGGGUUUAUUGGGGCGGAAGAGCCUUUGGAUGGGGACAGUUCUCCGUCAGAGAUGAAGACUUCAGGUAGCGGCACAUCUCAGCAGUCAGAAUGCAACCCUGUGGGAGCUCUGCAGGAGCUGGUGGUUCAGAAAGGUUGGCGUCUGCCAGAGUACACCGUGACCCAGGAGUCGGGACCUGCCCACCGCAAGGAGUUCACCAUGACGUGCCGGGUGGAGAGAUUUGUUGAAAUUGGCAGUGGCACAUCGAAGAAACUAGCCAAGCGCAAUGCAGCAGCUAAGAUGUUGUCCAGGAUCCACGAUGUUCCUGUAGACCUGAGGAGCAGCCACGAGACUGAGCCUGAGGAUGACACUUUUAUCAUGAACAUGGGUGGAGGCAGGGUGGAGGCAGGGAAGUGUAAAGGUCUGGGCUGUACCUGGGACUCUCUGAGGAACUCUGCUGGGGAGAAGAUGCUGCAGCUAAGGAGCCACCCUCUGGGCAUGCCCAGCUCUGACUUCUGCUCUCUGCUACACGACCUCUCGGAGGAGCAGCGCUUUGACGUCAGCUACCUCGACAUUGAGGAGCGCAGUCUGACCGGUCUGUGCCAGUGUCUGGUAGAGCUAUCCACUCAGCCAAUCACAGUGUGCCACGGCUUUGCACCCAAUCAGGACGGUGCCCGCGCCAGUGCAGCCCACAAUGCACUGCAAUACCUCAAAAUCAUGGCUGGGGGGAAGUGACCAUGACACAUCCACCUCGGAGGGUGGAUGCAUCUUCCAACCAAUGGUGGUCAAGGGAAGUAACCAUUGAUUGAUCCAGAAGUACCCAUGAUGUGGGAAUUGGAAUUUUUCUGCCCCCCCCCCACAGCCCUGUUGUUAUAUCUGGUCUGUUCAUUCCUGAAUGCCCCCUGAAGAUAUCCCACAUAGCCCUCGAUAAUUUGUCCCUAUGCCUUGAAGAUAUCCCACAUUGUCCUCUUGAUUGGCUACACCAUUUAUUUGGAUGGUCAGUCACCCACCUCCUCUGCGGUCACAGGCCUAGAGAGAUACUCUGCAGGGAAAGGGUGAAAUACAUUUGACAACGACCCCCGUUUUGACUGUAGCCUCAUUGACUUUUAUUUGUUGCCACAUCUACAAUGAUUGGCUUUGGUUGCCUUUUCAUUAGCUGGUAAGUACUUCGUCGUCAACCAAAAAUACCCCCCCCCCGUUGAAGAAGUCUUGGCCUGAAUGAAGUCUAAUUUUGGACAUUGAAAAGUGGACCUUUUAACGACAUGUAUUCUUAAAUUAGAGACUUGUGUACUUUUAUUGCCAAGUUGACAAGAUCCAGCCCAUCUGUCCGUCUUGUCAUUUGUGUUAAUUUACUUUUUUUUUUUUUUAAUUUUUAAAGAAGAGUCAUCAGAUAACUGUUAAAAGGUGUACAUUUUUAAAUUGUGAUUGCUUAAACAUCUGAAAUGCAAAAUGUUAUUGCGUUUUGGAAUUACAUUUAACAUUGUGUACUUUACCAUAGAUUUUUUUUCUUUGUUAGAUCUCACAAAACCCUGUUUUGUGAUUUAAAAUUGGUAACUUUAGAUGUUAAUAGCUGUUUUGAGUAGCUGGUUGCUCUCGUAAAACCGUGUCAAUGACUUCAUAAUAUCUCCUCCCUUCAACUGUGGUUGUUCAUAAUGUCUGAAGUGGACCAUCUAAUUAGCCCGUGUGCCAGUCUGUUCAAGGUCUCUUACCCACUACUUAUGGAAUUGCAAUGUGAAUACAAUGACAAUAGAGUAGGCCAAAAGCACAAACAGAUCUGGAACCAGGCUAGCAUCUAAUUGAGAUGGAAUUGUAUCGCUGCAUUUAAUAUAGUAGACCAUCUUAAGUUUGAUUCUCUUGCACAAACGGCUGACUAAUCUGCUCUUCUACUUCCUGUUACAUGCUAAUGGUAUAGCCUGAACUCUUAUAUCCUCCCAUGUUUACUCCCACCAGUUCAGAUAGUCAAGCCUUCAUGGUUUCAUAUGGGAGGUUGAGUCAAGAAUAGUAUUGGUAGCAAGUGUCUGAAGUAUACUGGCUGUAGUAGGGUGACUAUUGGUCGCUGCUACAUCUCACGAUGAGCAAGCAGUGAGAGAAACACAUAACGUACCGCAUCUGAUUAGUUGGGUUAAAUGUGGAAGACCCAUUUCAGUUGUUCAACUGACUAGGUAUCCUCUUCCCCCCCCCCCUUUUACAAUGUUUGACAAUUGUGGGAAGUGUUGCCCAAAUGCAUAGUUGAACUGAAACGUGGUUUAACCCUUUUUUU